AUGAUCCUGGGGCUCUUCUCCAUCUUCUGCAGCUUCUGCAAUAAACCCUGCUGUGCCUGCUGGAUGCUUCUCAGUAGCUUUCUCUUAGACAUGGCAGUUGGGGCACUCACCAGACACCUCAACAUCUGCUCCAAAGUAGGAGUGGAGCUGAAUGACUUUGCCGUCUUCACUACCUUUGGCCUGGCUUCGGCCCUGCUCCUCGGCGUGACAGGGCCUCUGAACAGCUUCCUGAGCACCGUCUACAUCCUUGCCAUUACUUUCCGCCUGUGCUUUUAUUCAGAGAGCAUCUCCUUCAUAUACAAGGGCCUCCCCUGCCCUUAUGCUUCCUGUGUUCUGGCCUCCACUUCACUGCUGACCAGCGGCAACACCUUCAUUCUCUCUUGCAUGGCUUCACUCAUGAUCCUCUUCAUGCUGGAUCAGAGUUACUACCCACAUGAUAAAAUCCUGGAGUCUGAAAAAUGGAAAAAAAUCGUCUAUUUGGGAGGAAUCAUUUCGGUGCUUUUGCUUCCAUUCUACCUAACUGCUUUUUACUGCCUGGUAUGGUCACUCUCCUACAUCUUCUUUCCAGAUGUUCUAUGGGGAAACAAAAUAUGCCUUCGGCUACAGCAUCAAGGAGGAAAGUAA